GAGCCAUGGAGGCCGAGGUUAUGGCGGAGGAGAAGCGCGGGGAAAAAAUAAUGGCGUGAAAAACAGCCUCAGGAGCCUCGUGUAGCGCCGCCCUCAGGAAGGCAGGGAGGCAUGGGGUCGCAGAGUGUGGAGGUCCUUCGGCAGGGUAUUUGGGCAUCGCUAACGGGAGGAUGGUUCUAUGAUCCCCACCAGGACGUUUUCUGUAACACCUUCCACCUCUACCUGUGGCUCUACCUGGUGUGUGCGCCCUUCUUUAUCUACCUGUACUGUGGGUGGUGGGUAGCGGGAUGGUUGGUCCACCUGGCCCUUCUGUCCGUGGUGGCAGUGGGCAUCAAAGCAGUCAACCACCUCCUCCACCACACCUUUGACACAACCGAAUGCCUGGAGGAGGAGCUGGCACCACCGCCGCCCCCGCCAGGAGGCCUCCCCACCACCGCCGCCACCACAGCCGCCACUGCCACCGCCUCCACCAGCCCAGCGCAUUACCAGGCCUCGUCGCACCAGCAGAGGAGCCGGUCGUUCGAGGCGAUAGAGAUGCAGGUGGUGGGGGGCGGCCAGGGCGGCGGUGGUGGUGGGGAGAGCGAGACACCCCCGGUCGGAUGCAGCUCCCGGAACUCCAUCAUGGACGCCGGCACCCAGCCCCCGGCGACGAUAGACCUGAAGGCUGACGUCCACCACAAGGACAGCUCCGGCAGCGAGGAGGGCAGCAAGUGUGAGGCCGCUGCUGCUGCUGCCGCCGCCGCCACAGCCGCCAGCACUCCGCGGGACACUCAAGAGAGGAGUGACAAGAGGAUGAGAGAGAGUGGAAGGAUGGGCGGAGGUGUCGGCAGCGGUCCCUGUGGUGGGGGGCGCGGCCUGUGUGUGUCGGAGGGCAUGCUGGGCAGUGUGGCGGAGAUCACCGAGACAUUCAACCACCCCAUCAUAGCCAAGCACUCCCAGGUCACCCACCACCCCCCCAACAAGCACACACACUCACUAAUAAAAUCCGUGGCGUGGUGUGGCAGUGGCGGCGGCGGCAGCGGGAGCGUUGGCGGCGGGGAUGAUAGUGUCGCUUCUGCCUCGCACGGUGUUAGUGGCGGCGGAGGGCGGGGACACAAGCGGCUGCGGAGGAUAGCGGCCUCGGCGGGGUCCAUCGCAACGGCCUCGCUCUGUGAUUCCCAUUCGGUGGAUAUUGUUUACUCCAAAAGUGCCAAAGGAGAGAAGGGGAGCAGCGUCCACUUCCGCCCCAGCCUGCACGGGGGGGCGGGCUCCCUCGGGCUGGAAGGGGGGGUCGGGGCAGGGGGCUCCUCCUCCGCCGCCCCCUCCCCUCCCUCCUCCCUCCCCUCUGCUGCGGAACCCCCCUCGCACCCUGUCAGUUUAGAGGUCAUAACAGGUGACGAGGGAGGUAGAAACAGCAGCAGCAGACACCACCACCGCCACCACCGCCACAGCCACCACCACAACCGCCAUCACCACAGUAGUAACACCAGUAGUAGCACCCUUCAACCACAACAACCACAACAACAGACAGUCCCGGCGGUCACCAUAGCAAGUGCCGGGAAUUGUGGAAGCAGUGGUGGUGGUGGUGGUGGUGGUGCUCACCGUCACCGCCACCACCAGCCAGCACCGCCACAGCAGCACUACACUCGCAAGUUGUCGCUGGGGCCGCCAUCAUGGGGGCUUGAGGCGGCUAACAAGUCCGUGGGUGAGGAGAGGGCCAAUAGUGCCGGGGCCAUCACCACCACUAUCUCCUCCACCCUUAUCACCACCACCACCACCCCCUCGCCAUGUGACCGCUCCCCCACCUCCAUGUGCUGCACCGCCAACAGCGAGGGGGAGACGGACGAGGAGGGGCCGGCCAAGGGCUCCCACUCCCCCCUCCUGACCCGCCACCAGAGCCUGGAGGGGAAGGGGUCCAGCGGGCGGAGGGCUCGGUCCGGGGGCUCCCGCCUGGUCCAACAUGGCCAGCGGGGCCCCGGCCGGGCCUACCAGCCCCUGGUGUUCCGCAGCAGCUCGGCCAUCACCUCAAAGUUCAGGGAGCGGCCCAGAGUGGAGGGCAGUGGGGGCGGGGGCGAGGCAUACAGGGUGUGCACACUGACCUUUGAGAACAUGUAUGCCGACGAGGAGAGCAGCUCAGACACCCUCAGUGCCGUGAAGCUCUCCAGCAGCUCAGAUGAGACCCUCAGCAGCCUGGCCGACCGCCUCAGCCUGCAGGGAGCCCUGGGCUGUGAUGGUGCCGGGGGGGGCUGCACAGUGGCUGGGGAGGGCAGCCCUGCCCACUGUGGCGGUGGCACGGGGGGCGGGGAAGAGCAGGCCAGCCCCGGGGAGGAGUGUGGGCCGCGGCCCGCCAGGAGCCCUGCGGAGGGCGUGCCUGGAGGGGGGCCGGACAGCCGCUCGUCCAGCCCCGGCCUGGACUGGCUCUUCUCCCACAGUGACUCGGACUCAGAGUUUGCCGAUGUGGCACGCAGCGGUGGCGGCCACCCCCGGCGGCUGUCCUCCCAGCUGAGCGAUGAUGACAGCUGGAACAUGAUCCGCUCCUCCCCGGAGAGCCCCGUGGAGGCCACCGGUGGCCACCCCAGCACAGCCACACAGGGUGCCAUCCCCAAGAAGCGGCGGCAGGGUGUGGUGGUGGAGGAGGUGGGCGAGGGUGGGGAGCAGCGUGCGGCGGGGCGGGGCGAAGCGGCGGUCACCAUGGAGGACCUGGUGCGGCGGCUGCUGGACAUCCUCAACAGCUCCCUGCACGACCCCCAACAGUGCCACCGUGACAUCCAGAAGCUGGUGGUGCUGAAGCAGCGGCUGGAGCAGGAGGGUGGCAUUGGGGAGGCCGUGAAGGGGGCCGCCCUGCUGUCCGAGGCGCCGGCCACCGUCAGCAGCAGCGGCAGCAGUGGCAGCAGUGCUGGCGGCUCAGACCACCCGGCGGAGACCCACCUGUACAGGAAGCCGGCGGUGAGGCGGAGGAGGCACGUGGCGGGCAACACCUCCUCUUCCCCCCCCACCACCCCCAGCGAGCCCCCGCAGGACAUCACCCUCCUCACCACCACUGCCCUCACCACCACCAGCCUCACCACCUCCGCCCACUCCCCGCCUCACCACCAUCACCACCACCAGCCACAGCAGCAGCACCAGCACCAACACCAGCCACACCACCACCACCACCACCAUGACAACACCUCUGCCAGGCCCAGUCAGGGCACACAGAGGAUGCUGCCGUCCUGGAUGAGCCGAGGUGGUGGUGGGGACAGCGGGGACGAGGGCAGCAGCAACAGCAGCCGGCCCCACCGUGCCCUGCCCCCGGACAAGCGGCCUGAGGGCGGGGGGGCGACGGAGUGCGUUUCCCCCGCGGAGGGUGUGCCCCCACUCUCCCCUGGUACCCACCUGGCAGCGUCCCACGAGGACACCAGCGACGGGGCGGUGCACUGCUUCCAGGACGAGCAGGGCAACUGGUUCACCUACACCUUCAACGACCGCGGGGUGAGCACCGCCUCCAGUGUGGCCCCUGCGGGGGGCGACAAUCGCGUGCUGAGCAAGCUGCUGCGCCGCAGUGGCCCUGGGGGCCAGACUGGCGUCAAUGGCGGCAGCAGCGGCGGGGGCACCACAGGGGGCCUGGCGCGGGAGGACAGCUCCCUCAGCAGCUCCUCCAUGUCCCUGUGCUCUGGCCUCACCAUCAUCCUGGACAAUCACUUCCCCCCCACCUCCCUCCCCCUCUCGCCUCCCCUUUGGUCAGACAUCGUCAAGGCCCCGGCCUCCCAGGCCUCGCCUGUGUCUGAGGCAACCAGCGGGGCCCUCACUGUGGCCCGAAGGAGGGGCUCCUCACCCCCAGCCUCCGGUGGGCGGGACCCCGACCGCAGCGGUCUGGAGGGUGCGGGAGACCCCGACCCCAUUCCCCGGGUGAGCGUGGGGCCGAGGGGCGGGCGGGACCUGCCCCUGCUGUCGUCUGAGACACGGCACCACCUGCAGCUGCUGAGCAUCGGGGCACCCCACAACCCUCUGCAGCUGUUCACCAACGCCCUGUUUGAGCGUCGGCGCUCCAGCAACCGUGCUGCGGCAGCAGCGGCCGGGUCCCUCAUCAACCCUGAGUCGUUGGAGAGCAUCAGCCUGCGGGCUGGCGGCGUUGGCGUGGACCUGGCCCUGGCCUCCAGCAAGCUCAAGUUCCCCACGCCGGCGCCGCAGACCCUCCACUACUACCGCCUGCGGCUGUGUGGCAACACCUCCAUCAGGGUAAGGUUUGACCGGCUGUUCCUGCUGGCGCUGCUGGACCGCAACAUGACCGUGUGGGAGAACCUGGUGUGUGUGUUCCUGGCGGUGCUGGUGGGGGUGCUGGGCUGCCUGGUGCUGCAGCGGGACUUUUACCAGGAGCAGGACGUGCUCUUCUUCUGCCUGGUAAUGGCCAGCUGCCAGUACUCGCUGUUCAAGAGCGUGCAGCCGGACGCUGCCUCGCCCACGCAUGGCUACAACCGCGUGGUGCUGUACAGCCGGCCGGUGUACUUUGUGGUGUGCUGCAGCAUGAUACUCCUGCUGCAGCUCUACCUGGACAGCACCGGGGAGCAGCGGCCCCACUUUGUGCUCUAUGGUCUGGACUUCAUGGACCCGGGCCUGCUGCAGCAGUGCCGGGACGUGUUGCUGCUGUUUGUGCUGUUCUUCCCGCUCCUCUUCAGCCUGGGCCUGCUGCCCCAGGUCAACACCUUCCUCAUGUACCUGCUGGAGCAGACGGACAUCCACGUGUUUGGCGGCAAUGCCACCACCAGCCUGGUGUCUGCCGUCUACUGCAUUGGCCGCUCCCUCCUCACCGUCCUCUUCCUCUUUGGCUUUGCCUAUGGGGGCCUGAGGGAGAAGGCCCAGACGCAGCACAUCCUCUACUCCAUCUUCUGCGGCCUGGCCGUGGGCUUCAGCUACCACCUGAGCCGCUCCACUUCCGACCCCACCACCCUGUGGCGCCUCAUCCAGCAGCACAUGUGGCCUGAGGAGCUGCGGCGUGAGGCUGGCGGAGACACCCCGCAGCCCCCCCAGGAGGCGGACGAGCUCACUGACCCGCUGCCGGAGAAGCUGCGCUCCACCGUGCACGCCCGGUUGGUGCACGACGCCAUCGCCUGCACCGCCACUGCUGCCCUGGUGUUUGCUGUCCACUCCAGCACGGUGUUCACGGUGCUGCUGGACGGCGACGGCCCUAAUCUCUUCACCGGCCUGCUGAUCAUCGCCACGCUGCUGGGCUUCCUGACGCACUACGUGGUGCCCCAGCUCAGGAAGCAGCUGCCUUGGCUGUGUGUGGCGCACCCCGUGUGCCGCUCCCACGAGUACAGUCAGUACGAGGUGUAUGACGCCGCCAAGAUCAUGUGGUUUGAGCGGCUCUACGUGGGGCUGUGCAUCCUGGAGAAAAACAUUGUGUACCCCCUGCUGUUCCUGUGUGCCUUAACCAAAGACGCCCCGGUCCUGGUGAACAAGUUUGGGGUGAAUGUGGGCACGCUGAUGACGGUGGUGUGUGGCGUGAAGUGUCUGCGCAGCGUGUACUCACAGCCACAGUUCCAGUACCUCACGCUGGCCUUCGCCAAGCUCUUCUUCACCUGGGACUUCAAGGGCAAGUCAGAGACCUUCAUUGUGGACUACUUCGUCAUGGGCAUCAUCUUCACCCGCGUCUACGAAUUCCUCCUCAAGAUGAAGUUCAUCGUGACCUACAUCGCCCCCUGGCAGAUCACCUGGGGCUCCGCCUUCCACGCCUUCGCCCAGCCCUUCAGCGUGCCGCACUCCGCCAUGCUGUUCGUGCAGGCGGCGGUCUCGGCCAUCCUAUCCACGCCGCUCAACCCCAUCCUGGGCUCAGCCAUCUUCAUCACCUCCUACAUCCGCCCCAUCAAGUUCUGGGAGCGGGACUACAACACCAAGCGGGUCGACCACUCCAACACGCGCCUCUCCUCGCACCUGGAGCGCAACCCUGGCUCUGACGACAACAACCUCAACUCCAUCUUUUAUGAGCACCUCACACGCUCCCUCCAGCACUCUCUCUGCGGUGACCUCCUGCUGGGUCGGUGGGGCGCCGUGGGUCAGGGGGACUGCUUUGUGCUGGCCUCGGACUACCUCAACUGUCUGGUUCACGUCAUUGAGCUUGGGAAUGGCUUGGUGACCUUCCAGAUGCGUGGCCUCGAGUUCCGCGGCACCUACUGUCAGCAGCGGGAGGUGGAGGCCAUCUCGGAGGGCGUGGAGGAGGACGCAGGGUGCUGCUGCUGUGAGCCGGGCCACCUGCCGCACCUUCUGAGCGCCAAUGCGGCCUUCAACCAGCGCUGGCUCGCCUGGGAAGUCACUGCCACCAAGUACGUGCUCGAGGGCUACUCCAUCUCCGACAACUCAGCCGCCUCCAUGCUGCAGAUCUUUGAACUCCGCAAGAUUCUCAUUACCUAUUACGUCAAGAGCAUCAUCUUCUACACGGUGCGGUCGGGGCGGCUGCGGGAGUGGCUGACGAAGGCCGAGAUCGACGCUUCACUUGCCCACACACGGGACAAGAAAUUCGUGGACCUGGACCCCAUGUUCAACCUCAACAUCGACGAGGACUACGAUUUCAAGGAGUCCGGCAUCACGCGCACCAGUUUCUGUAACGUGUACCAUGAGUGGGUGGUGUACUGUGUGUCCCGCCGUGAGAGUGAGCACCCGGAGGAGAGGGAUGAGCCGUUGGAGAGUGGCCGGGAGUCUCAGCUGAUCUCCCUUUGUUUGGCACUCAGUCUCUUGGGGAGGCGAGCACUGUGGGCAGCCUCGCACAACGCCAUGUCAAGCGUGGACUUCUUCCUGCACGGGCUCCACACUCUCUUCAAGGGGGACUUCCGCAUCACCUCCAUGCGGGACGAGUGGGUCUUCUCGGACAUGGAGCUGCUGAGGAAGGUGGUGGCGCCGGGGGUUAGGAUGAGCCUUAAGCUGCACCAGGACCACUUCAUGCUGCCUGACGAGUAUGACAACCAUGAGUCUCUGUACAAUGCCAUCCUGGAGCACGAGGCCCAGCUGGUCAUCUCCCACGAGGGCGACCCCACCUGGCGCAAUGCUGUGCUCUCCGGCAAGCCCUCCCUGCUGGCCCUAAGGCACGUUAUGGACGACGGGGCAGACGAGUACAAGAUCAUCAUGCUCAAUAAACGCCACCUGUCAUUCCGGGUCAUCAAGGUUAACAGGGAGUGCGUGAGGGGCCUGUGGGCGGGGCAGCAGCAGGAGCUCGUCUACCUCCGGAACCGAAACCCCGAGAGAGGCUCCAUCCAGAACGCCAAGCAGGCCCUUCGGAAUAUCAUCAACUCGUCCUGUGACCAGCCCAUCGGUUACCCCAUCUAUGUGUCCCCGCUCACCACCUCCUACAGCGACACCAACGAGCAGAUCAGUGCCAUAUGUGGCCGCCCCAUCAGCCUCACCCUCAUUCAGGAGACCCUCAUUGGACUCUGGAAAAGGGUGCGUCAGCGGUGUGGCGAGGGCUGCUCCAGUGGGAGUUCCGGCCUCAAUGACGAGUGUAGCCGCGCUGCGGAGCCCCACCACCCCAACAUUCCCCUCCACCAAGUGAUGACCACGGUGCCCCCCAGCCUGGGGUCUGGGGGCAGCCAGGAUGGGUCCCAGGUGGGCGGCCUCAGCCUGGUGACGGCUACGGGCAGCCUGGGGCGGGGCGGCUCACUCUCCCGGGGUUCCCUGCAGGCCAACCGGGGCUCCAUCGUGAGCACCGUGUCCUCGCUGGUGGUGGGCCCGGCCAACAAGCAGUCCACCUCCACCCUGGCCAGCAUGGCCGGCCUGCUGUGGGACACCACGGCCGGGCUGGGCCGCCUCGACCCCCGGGACCGGGAUGGCCUCAGCGAGGGCUCGGCCAGCAGCAAGGACAGGGAGUGGAGCGGCCGGGAGCCCUCCCUCCACGGGGGGCGGGAUGGCGGCUCCAUACACAGUGGGCGGGAGGGGUCUCUGCACAGCGGACGGGAACCCUCCCUGCACAGCGGGCGGGAACCUUCCCUCCACAGCAUGAGAGAGCCUUCCCUCCACAGUGGGCGGGAGCCAUCCCUCCAUGGGGGUCGAGAGUCCUUCCACAGUGGGCGGGAGGCCUCCCUGCAUGGGGGCCGGGAGGGCUCACUGCCCAGCGGGGAGAAGAGGUCCCGGCAGGGCCUGUCCUCUGGCAGCCGCAGCACCCCCUCCUCCUCCUUGUCCACCCCAGCACGGGAUGUGGCCCCGGCGGUCCCAUCGGGUGCCAGGGAGGUGCAUCAGCGGGAGGUGACCUGGGACGGGGCCAGUCCCCGGGAGGAUUGCACCACCCUGCAGGAGGACCCAGAGGAGAAGUUCACCACUCCGCCACCGCCGGAGAGGCACAUCCAGCGCGUCCGGAUCAUCGAUGCCAAUCAGGUCUACGACACGCUCAACCUCGGGCGGCGCAUCGACGUGCUGUGGCCGGACGAGGGCAUGAGGAAGCGUGGCGGCCGGAGCUUCUGGGGUCACUGGGUGCCCAUGGAGGGCAUGGAGGGCCCCGUGGUGCACACCUGGACCCCGCACCACCCCGACCCCCGCCUGCGCUCCCACGUGGACCGCUGUAUCCUGCUGGUGCAAAUCGAGGACAAGUUUGUGCCCGUGGCCCAGGGAGCGGUGCAGGACCUGGGGGCGGAGGUGUAGCCGGGCGGGUGUCCAGUGUCCGGGGGUGCCCGACCACGCCUGUUUUUAUAUGUCGCCGCGGCCCCUGGCGCCCAAAGCUUGCUGGGCGUUGUGCCGGUGUCCCUGCUUGGCGUUUCUCAUUUUCAUGUCGCUUAUUGAAUUUCUUUCUCCUGUGAUGAAAAGCAUCGUGUGCCAUGAACACGUCCUCAUCCUGCAGUUCAUCGCACCCUCAGGUGAUAUAUAUCCACGGCUGAAGUUGCAGAAAACAACACUGAACCAAAUGUGUCAGUGGGGUACAUGUGUGGGACUUGUGCUAAGGGGUGGGAGGCAACAUUUUCUAUUCUCACUGUGAGCCAUCCAGCGCAGGGCAGGACACAGCGCAUGAAGAAGGGAAGGAAGCAUGUGCCCUGUGCAGCGUCUCACACACUCAAGACUCCCUGCACACCACCAAGACUGUACAUUCUCCCUACAGGGCCUGGCACACACACCAAGGGAGAGGAGAGCAGAAGUUACCCGGCCCUGUUGUUCUUCAUGUGCUUCCGUGUGUAAUAUAAUUUUUCUAUUUGCAAGAACACAAAGCAGGUCAGUACUGGAGAAGUGUGGGUCAGGUCAAGGGUGAUGUCAAGGCUGUUAAUCCAUGGGUGUCCAGAAUGACUCCUUGGUGACUUAGUCUGCACAAAAGAGGACACACACACACACACACACACACACACACACACACACACACACACACACACACACACACUCACGGACACCAACCCUACGAAUUCCUUAUCAGCUUUUUGUACUUAACAAAGGCAACAAGUUUCGGUGGUCUUGGUGUGAACAGUGUAUGGCGAGGGUUGCCCAAGGGUGGCUUUUCUCUACUCUUGUUGAUCCUCAAGGGAGCUCGUCCAUUUCUGCAGUCCCUCGCUGAGUCUUGGGAGGGGCAAGGGCGAGGGGAACACACAAACACUCCCCUUCGUAUGUUGCAUCCAGGCUUGAGUUGCUGUGACGGUAGACUUGUGUUGGUAAAUGUCGUGUGGUGAUCUCUAGGAGGGCAACGGGGAGGCAUAAGCGGUCAUGUUUGCGUGAGGGUGUCAUGGGCUCUUUCUGUACCAUGUCUCCAAGUACCUUAAUGUUAGUCUUGGGGAGGGAGGAUAAAUUUGUGACCCCCAGAAGUACCCAAAGGUUAGUCUCAUGUCAGCAAGAUAAAGCCAUUUGGGGAGGGAGGAUAAAUUUGUGACCCUCAGAAGUACCCAAAGGUUAGUCUCGUGUCAGCAAGAUAAAGCCAUUUGGGGAGGGAGGAUAAAUUUGUGACACGCAGAAGUACCCAAAGGUUAGUCUCGUCUCAGCAAGAUAAAGCCAUUUGGGGAGGGAGGAUAAAUUUGUGACACGCAGAAGUACCCAAAAGUUAGUCUCGUCUCAGCAAGAUAAAGCCAUUUGGGGAGGGAUCAUAAAUUUGUGACCCUCAGAAGUACCCAAAAGUUAGUCUCGUCUCAGCAAGAUAAAGCCAUUUGGGGAGGGAUCAUAAAUUUGUGACCCUCAGAAGUACCCAAAGGUUAGUCUCGUCUCAGCAAGAUAAAGCCAUUUGGGGAGGGAUCAUAAAUUUGUGACCCUCAGAAGUACCCAAAAGUUAGUCUCGUCUCAGCAAGAUAAAGCCAUUUGGGGAGGGAUCAUAAAUUUGUGACACGCAGAAGUACCCAAAGGUUAGUCUCGUGUUAGCAAAAUAAAGCCAUGAUAAUCAGAAGUACCACAAUGUAAGAUUCCUAAAUGUAUCGGGCACCCAUUACGACCAUUUUCCAAGGCCACAGAGAAGGGUGACCAGGUUUUUAUGACUGAUUUUCCUGUUCAGAAUGCAGAGAUCGUGCAAAACUAUCCGUAGCAUCACGAAAUAGUUCAUGACAACCCCAGUAACUUCUACAAGAGGCUUUUCAAACAGGUGAACUGAGGCUCCGAUACAUUUAAAAAUACAGCCUUAAGUCUCGUGUCGGCAAGAGGAGGCCACGAUUACCAGUACCCAAAUGAUAGCCUCGUGUUGGGGAGACAAAGCCACGAUCCUCAGAAGUACCCAAGUGUUAGCCUCGUGUCGGCAAGCUUCGUUGAGCCGUGAUCCUCAUCUGUACUUAGGAGGGGUUGGUGUGUGGCUGGAGGGAGGGAGCUGCGAUGUUCUCUGGAGCUCAAACGUUGUCAUUCCAGUGUUUGUGUUCAGGACCUGAUAACUCGGUGACUCGUGUGAUCUUCGGCUGUUGCUGUUGUGAGGGAGUCCGCCGUCAACCUUCGUAUCCAUUUGGAAGAGUGAAUUUUGUCUUACAUUUUCCUUUUUCAUCCUUUUGUGUUCGUCCUAGUGUGAGAAGAAGGGGGAACGGGGUUAUGUUGAUUUGUGAAGAUCCUGAUAUCACUCUCUAGUUACAAAGUGGUGUGUUUAUGAUGAACUUUUUGUGUGUGUGUGUGUACUCUUUAAGGACUUGCUUUCAUUAUAUUUUUGAAUGUUUGCAUUUGGCGAUGGCACGUUAUUCAUAUUUAAUAGUUUCUUGUGGGUUCAGGUGAGAAACGUUAUCAGAGAAACUUGAUCCCAUGACGUAAAGGGGAAAACAAGCGAGCAAUUAAUGUGUUGUUGCUCUAGAAAGCUAACACAAUAGGAGAAUCUUAUCCCAUCACGUAAAGAAAAAAAACUAACGAAAGCGAGCAUUGUCAUUCAUGUGUUGCUCUACAGUGCUUCAAAUCCAGUGUUUCUAUUGAGUUCAUUAUUUGAGAAGCUGUUCCGAUGGUCAUUGAGGAAAGCCAAAGUUUACAGUGUUCAGCCGACGAGGUUUCAAGUCUUCUGUAAUGUGUUGUUGAAGGCUUGGAUUCCUCCGUUCGUCUUGACUCCUGUAGGUUUGGUGGGUCAGUUUGUGUACACCCUUGCCAUUAGUCCUCGUAUUAGAAAAAAAAUAGUCUGGAAAGUAAAGUGAGAUAUAGGGAUUAAUAUUGUAAAAACGAACUUCCACCAAUCUACAUUUUGAUAUUAGUUAAUCUUUGUAGCUCAACUAAAGAAUGGAGAAAAGAGAGAAAGUGGAGAAAAGAAAGAGAAUAUAGAGAAUAGAGAAAGUAAAGAGUAGAGAGAGAGAGAGAGAGUGGAGAGUAGAAAGUGGAGUAUAGUGACAAGAGAGAAAGUGGAGAAUAGAGAGAUGGAGCAAAAAGUAGAAAUAAAAAAUAGUGAGGUACAAAAUAAUUACCGUCGCCAACACAGAAUUCUCACCAAUCUUCAUCUCGACAACAGUUAAUCUUCAUAACUCAACCCCAGACUAGUUUUUUUUACCCAAUACAAGUACUAAUAGCAGCGGUGCGUGUAAAGUAGCCAGCGCACCAUCUCGGAACUCUUCUCCAUCUAACGUUUAUGCUUCAAAGUGGGGAGCGAAAUCAUAGACACCGUACACUUAAGUUGGUCCAUAAGCCCCGCCCCCUCUUCCACAGCUGAGGCGAUUGGUUGGAUGAAAGGAGGUUGGAGUUAGGAGUCGGUGUUAGUAUGGAGGGAGGAUGAGAGAGGGGGCGGUGGAGCUGCUGAACCAGGUUAGUGUGCCGUGGCUAUUGUCUUGCGGCCGGAUUCAUCAAGCCUCUCACAAGACCUGUCGUCGGAAAGUCCUCUGGUAUGUCUGUCCACUACGAAAGCUAUUGUUUAGGCGACUCCGAUGGCAACAAAGGAAGUGCUGGCCAGGUCGUCCCUUCGUUCGUUGCCGCUGGGGAGGGGAGUGGGAUGAGAUGGAGAUCAGGGAUGUGAAGAAGAAAGUUGAAAGGAACGGACAAGUCAAAUGGCAGGAUGGAAUGAGUGGCAAGUUGAUGUUAAGAUGGUACAGUAGGAAACAGAAGCCAGAGGGAGUAGACUGGCAUGUAGGAGACUGGGGGAGCAAGCUAUUGUUUAAAGCAAGAACGGGAACCCUGGAGGUAAAUGGCAGGAACAGGGACGGGGUAAACCAGAACUGUAGCUGUAGGACAGGGGAGAAAGAAACAGUGGAACACCUAAUUGUAGAAUGUAGCAACUAUGAGAGGCAGAGAGGGGAGUUAGUAGCAGGAGUAGUGACAGUAAUAGGCUUGAUGAUUACAAUGUGUGCUGAAGAAAGGAUGAAAGGCAAGAGGGAAAGAUAUCAGUUCGUAACAUAUCUCGCGGAUGAAGUUACCAGAAGACUCACCACCAACGGCAUGUCUCGUAAAUGGCUUGACGAAUCCGACCCUUGUUUUUGGGUGCCCACAGAGUACAAAAAAGGGACGGCACCCACUCAUCCAGGCACUCAGGACCCAGCGAGGUUGCCACAUAACUGGAUGAGUGGUCGAAAGCAGACUGAAUUACUACUUUAUUCUUUAUUAUUAUUAUUAUUAUUAUUAUUAUUAUUAUUAUUAUUAUUAUUAUUAUUAUUAUUAUUAUUAUUUUUAUGUGUCUCUGCAGUUAUCCCAGUGAAAAAAACAGGUGCUAUAUGUAUGUUUUGUGUUUAAGAGGGAAGGGUAAAAAGCAAGGUUCCGUAAACUAAUAUGUAUAAUAACAUUUUUGGAGUGCGCUUGAGUGUGUGUGUGUGUGUGUGUGUGUGUGUGUGAAGAGUCUGCACACAUAUAUAUAUCUGAACUAAUGUGUGUGUGUGUGUGUGUGUGUGUGUGAAGAGUCUGCACACAUAUAUAUAUCUGAACUAAUGUGUGUGUGUGUGUGAUUCUCUUCCUUCUCUCUCUCCCUCAUCCCAUCCAUAAACAUUCUAGCUCUUUCUGACAAACAUAUAAUUGAGCAAAAAAACAACUGACAAAUUGGAAUCAUUGCACAUUUCAUACAUGGAUUCAGGGGACAUUAUCAAGGGAUGCAUAGUUUUUUUUCAUCUUGUUCUGCCCUAAUACAAACGGCAGUCGCAACGAAGAUUAAAAAGCCGCAUUAUCCGAGAAAUCACACGACACCACUUUCUCUCCGCUGCAAAUAUCUUCGUGCGUGAAUUCAUGUGUGUCCUUCCGUCAUGUGCGUGUGUGUGCGUAAUGAACAACACAAGGAGAGCAGUGUGUCCUUCCAUCGUGUGUGUGUGUGUGUGUGCGUAACGAACAACACAAGGAGUAUUAAGCCUAAGCCAGGGGAAGCCAAAUGUAGUUCUGUUUGCCUUACUCCGACAGUCUCAAGCGUGACCCACGAGGAAAACACGAUCGUUGUUCUCGCAGAGUUCAAUAUUUUCCUACAGGACGAAGAGUAGAUGAGUCGCGUUACGAGGUGUUUCUCCUCACACUGGAAACUUUGUUAAACCUUUUCUUUGCAACGACAGUGUAUAAGCAAGACUUCAUGUGGUAGUGCUGCACUCUGGUGACUGUCAUGUGGAAUUGAUGUGUUAUAAGCGAGACCAUCCCAAGCACACACACUCCUCAAGAUACAAAGUGUGCUAAAGAAAGAAAGGACGGAAGGCAAGAGGGAGAGACAGCACUCAGUAGCAAGAGCAGUUCGUAACGUAGCCAGGCUUUCGGUUUCUUUGUCCUUUUGAAUGGCAAUCUUGUCCUGUUUUUCGUGCAAUAUUGUCCCUUCCUCCCGCGCCAUUCCUCACUCAAGAUCGCACUAGCCUCAGCCUUGUCGGGGAGUGGUGGGCAACGUGACAAGACUAGGCUAAGGUAGUUGUUUGCCAGGGAGGAAGGGAAGGGAAGGGAGGGGGGAGGGGAGGGGACGGGUGCAUUUCUCAAAGGGUUGGGGUGCAGCGCCGUGUUCCUUACCUGUCAUUAGAAGCUGCCCAGGUUGUGUAGCCCUGCGAUAAUCCGCUCGCUUCCUCAUUCCGACGCGAGAGCAGUUUUCACCCUAGCGUUUUGGUUCUUAGUGUGGCGUGCGUUUGGAAGAUGGAAUGUUUGUACGUCUACGCGCCAAGGGAUGUUCCAUACUUUCAUUUAGAAGCACAUUUCCAUAAGCCAUUUAAUACAUGCAUACACAUAAGAUUAAGCACUCACUCUCAUGCUCUAGCUGACCGCAUACACACUAGGCUAUGUACAAACAAUCAGGGGAGGGUGUGGCCCGGGGAGCUGACCGUAGCUUCUAGUGGAGUCUUGUUAUGUAGUAGCCGCUUGGAGACAGGAAUUCUUGCUAUCUUGGUGCUUUGAUAUUGCACAGGGAGGUUGUGUGUGUGUGUGUAUGUGUGUGUAAGUGAAUGUAUGUGUGUGAAUGAAUGUGGUUUUCCAUACGUAAACUUCACAUCAGAUUGGCUUAUUAGGUAAUGAACAUUGUAAUGGGUUUGAGCUGCUGUAGUGUGAGCCGCUGUUCAGUGUGUGCCCCAGGUCUAUAGGGCAAGGUGUGGGCUGUUGGUGUGUGUGGUGAGGUUAGGGAAAGUUAACCCGGUAGCAGCGACGGGCCAAAUUUGUGGCUUUACCGUGUAGCAGCGACGGGCCAAAUUUUUGCCAUGAUAUAAACCCCCAAAAUAGAUGAUGCAUAAACUGAUCACAAAUGUGUUGAUAUAUAUUAUGAAAUGGUUUGUGAGUGAUGAUUUUUUUCUCAUUUUUCUCGCUUAGAGGGGCCUUUCAGAAACGAUCCCCGCAGCUACCGGGUUAAACAUAUCCCACCUCUAUAGGGCAAGGUGUAGGGUGGGUGGUGUGUGUUGCUGUGUAGUGAGGUUAGGGAAAGUUAAGCGUCCCCCACCUCGAUAAGCAAGGUGGUGGUCUGUGUUGGUGUGUGCAGUAAGGUCAGGUCAGGUCAGGUCAAGGCAGGGGCAAGCAUAAUGUGUAGCAGUGAAGAAGUUUGAAGGAAUAUUGGCAGACAUACAUUUGUGAGUUCUAUGUCACAAUGAGAGUAAGCAUAGUUGAUGUCACUGGGCUAAUCCCUCAUGCCUCGCCCCCUUCCUCAACCUCCUAAAUUUUCAGUGAUCUCUAAUUUUACAGUCGACUUCCCAAACCAUUUUUUUUAUAUACAAGUUAGUGAGAUUAUUUUAUGGUGUAGGUAAUUUUUUCCAUCAAAGAUAACAAAAAAUAACCUCAGCCUGUUGAAGAUGAUCUCAAGUCUUACAGUCCACUUCAACCCAAUCUGUUUUUUUACUUAGAUUAAUAAAUUAUGUUAUGGCUUAGGUUAUUUUUUCCAUAAAACGUAACAAAAGUUUUAAUCAACUACCCAAAAUGAACGGUGAUCUCUAAUCGUAUGGUCGACACACCCAAUCUGCUUUUAUACACAAGGUAAUAGAUUAUGUUAUGGUUUAGGUUAUUUCUUCCAUCAAACGUAAUAAAAGUCUUAAUCAGCUACUUCCCAAAACUAACAGUGAUCUCUAAUCUUUGGUCGACUUACACUCAAUCCGUUUUUAUACACAAGUGAAAGAUUAUGUUAUGGCUUAGGUUAUUUCUUCCAUAAAAAGUAACAAAAGUCUUAAUCAACUACCCAAAACUAAUGGUGAUCUCUAAUCUUUGGUCGACUUACACCCAAUCCGUUUUUAUACAUAAGUUAAUAGGUUAUGUUAUGGCUUAGGUUAUUUUUUCCAUAAAACGUAACAAAACAGUCUUAAUCAACCACUUAUCGAAACUAACAGUGAUCUCUAAUCUAUGGUCGACUUACACUCAAUCCAUUUUUUAUACACAAGUUAAUAGAUUAUGUUAUGGCUUAGGUUAUUUUUUCCAUAAAAUGUAACAAAACAGUCUUAAUCAACCACUUAUCGAAGCUAACAGUGAUCUCUAAUCUAUGGUUGACUUACACUCAAUCCGUUUUUUAUACCCAAGUUAAUAGAUUAUGUUAUGGCUUAGGUUAUUACUUCCAUCAAACGUAACAAAACAGUCUUAACUCGAGAACGUCGGCAGACCCUUUUCAGGGCUUUCACGAGUCGUGGCUGUGGUACGGUGGACCCUAAAAAGGGCUCGCCAUAAAACCCCUAAUUCGAGCUAAUUGUAGGCGGUGGUGGCAUAGCGCAACCCACCAUGAAUGCCUGAGGUCAUUGUGGUGGGUGAGUGAUAUUGAGGUAGGCUUUUUUGUCAUAGGUGGUGCUGUAAGGUCAUGGCAUACUGAAUUAGCUAUCCAUACAGUAAUCACUUGUCAAAUUCUAUAGCAGACAACAAGCGACUCUUGGCUAGAUGCCACGCGUCACGAGACUAUUUAAUUUGUAACAAACACCACCCUAAAAGAAUGGAGUUUGAGUAAAAGCAAAUAUUUUUAACAGCUUAAUGGUUAUGAGAGGAGUACUCUGAUGUACGUUCCAUGCUGUUUUCUUAGUCUCAAAAUGCAGUGUAAUUUUGUCGUUUCUCGGCCACUUCUCGUCUUUCCCAUAGCCGAAGCCCACGGGUUGAUCAACCACUUCCCAAGUCUAACAGUGAUCUCUAAUCGUAUGGUCAACUUACACUCAAUCCGUUUUCAUACCUAAGUUAAAAAGAGGUUGAUUUAUGGUGUAGGCCAUUUUUUCGUCGAAGGUGACAAGAAGUAGCCCCAACGAAUUACCUGUCUAGAUUUGCGGUGAUCUCGGUUCUUUCAGUUGACUAUAACCCAAACUGUUUUUAUGCAUGAGUUUGCGAGAGAUUAUAUUAUGGUUUUGGUAAUUUUUUUCUAACAGACAUAACAGAAAAUAGCCUUAACCAAUCACCAACCAGGAACAGUGGCGAUAUCUCUUCCUACUAUUGACUUCAGCCCAAACCGUUUAAAUACAUAAGUUCAGGCGAGAUUCUUUCAUUUUCA